CCAUAGGUCAAUGCCCAACAGAUAGCAAGUCCUUUCUUCAGUUUUGCAGCAAAUAUUCACAUUCAUGGAAACCUGCUCAAAGGAACCUUUUCAACCCUUUCCAUAUCUGUAUAUAAGCCAACAUCAAAAACACUCAAGCAGAAAACUUUCAGCCUAUUACCUGAAGAGAUCUUUGGUACCUUGCGGAAACAUCUGCUAUCCAGGAUUUCUCCCACAAACAAUUCUGUCAAAAAUAUCACUCUGCCCAGGAGCUACAAAAGGAGAGAGAGAAGCUAUGGCUGCCAAGGGAAUCUACCUACUCUGGAUGCUUUUUUCAGUUGCUUCGAUCGUCUUGGAGACAGAAGCUGGCAAUAUUGAAGAAUUCAAACAGAAGCAUGUAGAUUAUCCAGUGACAGUUUCUGCAGAUUAUUGUAAAAAUAUAAUGACCUCCAGGGGCCAUUAUGAAGCUAAUAUAUUUAUCCAUCUCUCAGAUGCCGAUUUAAAACGUAUUUGCCCCAAUAGAUAUACUGGGAAACAUGUCUCAGAAAAUCCUGUCCAAUAUACUUAUUGUUCAAAGAUUUUUGAUCGUUUUUCUGGUGUUCGUAGUUCUCGCAAGAUAGUUAUUCGUUGUCAGAAUGGGUUGCCCGUUGAAAUUGAUUCACUUUUUUCUGGUCAGACCCAUAUUUGAUCGAGACCCUUUUUGUGACAAUGUUCUGCCAUAGAGAGAGAGGUUGACUGGGAAUUGUGGGUUGCUCUAAUGUUGCUUUAAAGCAGGGGUCCUCAAACUUGGCAGCUUUAAGACUUGUGGACUUCAACUCCCAGAAUUCCCCAGCCAGCAUAGUUGGAAAUUGAAGUCCACAAGUCUUAAAGCUGCCAAGUUUGAGGACCUCUGCCUUAAAACCAACCUACUUUUCAUAAGAGUCACAUUUCCCUUCAAUUCUUUUGGGUUUCACUCUAUCUUCUUUGUUCCUGGCUGUUGUUCUUGUAUGAUUUUUUUCUUUUAAUUUACAUUUAUAUCCCGCCCUUCUCCAAAGACUCAGGGCGGCUUACAGUGUAUAAGGCAAUUAAUGCAGUUCCAACCAUCCCAUUUCUAGAAGAGCAUCUGUCAGCCCUAAUGGGUGGGCCUGGCCAGGAAAUGUACCCCACGAGAAGGCUGAAGCUACUUGAUUAAAAUUAGUUAUUAUAAAAGACUCUUACAACUCUGAUUGUGCUGCAUCUCAUUCUUUGACAUUGUAGUUUGUGGAAUUUGAACAUGUUCUUUAUUGUCUAGUUUAUGUACUGUGAUUGAUCCUUUAUU